AUGUCAAAAUUGUUCUUAGAUGAACUGCCUGAGUCUCUCAGCCGAAAGAUUGGUACCGUGGUUAGAGUGCUGCCAAGCUCAUUAGAAAUAUUUGAGGAAUUGUAUAAAUAUGCAUUGAAUGAAAAUAGCAACGAUAGAAGCGGACGCCAUAAAAAGCCCAGAAUAGAUGUCUCUUCUGACCUGCUUAAAACAGAUGAAAUUUCGGAAACCAAUACUAUUUUCAAAUUAGAAGGUGUUUCUGUACUGUCACCAUUAAGGAAAAAGCUUGAUUUGGUGUUCUAUCUUUCCAAUGUUGACGGGUCUCCCGUAAUAACAUUACUGAAGGGAAAUGACAGGGAAUUAAGCAUUUAUCAGCUGAACAAAAAUAUCAAAAUGGCUUCGUUCUUGCCAGUGCCAGAAAAGCCUAAUCUAAUAUACCUUUUUAUGACUUACACAUCGUGCGAGGAUAACAAGUUUUCUGAACCUGUGGUAAUGACCUUGAACAAAGAAAACACACUAAACCAGUUUAAAAAUUUAGGGCUUCUUGAUUCCAAUGUAACAGACUUUGAAAAGUGCGUCGAAUAUAUAAGAAAGCAAGCCAUUUUGACGGGUUUUAAAAUCUCCAACCCAUUCGUUAACAGUACACUGGUGGAUACCGAUGCUGAAAAAAUAAACUCAUUUCACCUGCAGUGUCAUAGAGGUACUAAAGAAGGCACGCUAUAUUUUUUACCAGAUCAUAUAAUUUUUGGGUUUAAAAAGCCCAUUUUGUUAUUCGACGCUUCUGACAUCGAGUCUAUAACCUAUUCGUCUAUUACCAGAUUAACAUUCAAUGCAAGCUUAGUGACAAAAGAUGGUGAAAAAUACGAGUUUUCCAUGAUAGACCAAACUGAAUACGCUAAAAUUGACGACUACGUUAAAAGGAAACAAAUGAAGGAUAAGUCUAUGUCUGAGGAAUUGAAAGCUAAAUCCAAGAGCAAAGGCCAAGCAACUGAUGGCACAGCCGAUCAGCCAUCUAUUCUACAGGAAGCUACCCGUCAAAUGCAAGACGAGAAAAAGGCAGGUGUGUUUUCAGACGAUGAUGAAGAAAAUGACCAAAAUUUCGAAGCUGAGAGCGACCUUUCCGAUGGGAGUGGCCAAGAAUCCUCAGACGGUGCAGAAGACGGAGAGGAAGCAGAAGAAGAUGAUGAAGAAGACGAUGAAGAGGAAGACAAAAAGGGCCAAAGCGCUUUGAAUAGAGAUAAUAGUUUUGCUUCUAUAAAUGGUCAACCAGAACAGGAACUCCAAUACAAAGAGUUUAAGGAGCCGUUAGAACUCGAAGAUAUUCCGAUAGAAAUUGAUAAUGAUGACGAUGAAGAUGAUGAGGAUGGAUCCGGAGUAGAAUACGAUUGA